UGAUCUUCAACUGCCAUCACCUUCGGAUUCCCACGGUUCCCGGAGGCGAGACAGCGUCGAGUAGGCACAAAAUGGAGACCCCGCGUCAACGGACAAGCCCCAGAGGCAGCUCGAAAGAGCUCCCAAUGGAGGAGGACGCCAGGAGUACCCCGUCGACACCAUCCCGGAAGUCGUCGAAGUUCAGAACGUCCAUUAGGAACGUGUAUUCCCGCACGGCAGACAUGCUGAACGCGUCACCCAAGAAGCUGACCCGCAAGCGCUCGUCCAACGAGCCACAGGGACAGAGAGAGGACACGAGCGUCCUUCAGCCAACCACUCCCGUACGAAGGCCUGCUACUUCGGUACAGAGGCCUACCACACCAGUGCAGAGAUCAAACACGGACCGCCCAGAGCUAUUCCCAGGCCUCGGGUCGAGCUACUGGAGCGCGGCCAGGGAGCGGGCACCAGCACCCUCGGUAGAGACCAUGCAAACCCAAAUCCCCAAUGACUCACUAUACGACGACGACGAGUACGAGUACAGCGCAGAUGCGGUUGCGGAGAGCUAUCAAUCGCUCGCCCAGGCGCUGACGUCGGACGAAGUCCUUCAGGCCCUCAACAUGGUGGCAGGCGCGCAGGCGAGCGCCAGCGAGCAGGGAAGGCCGCUCCCCGAGGUCCCAGACAGCCUCUAUACCGCCGUCGCACAAGUCGCGAACGUCUGCUCGCCGUGGCUGUCGGUCUACAGGACGCUGGGCGCUCAAACCCAGGUGAUCAACAACGGCUUCGAGACGGUCAUCAGGUUAGCGCGGGAGACCAAGCAGGAGGCACACGCGCAAGCGCGAAAGAACGAGGCUCGGCUCGAGCGACUCGAGCGAGCCCUAGACGAUAUCAAGAACAAACCACUGCCCCCCACACCCUCACAACCCACCGCCAACGCGUCGACGUCACCCUCGACCCAGUCGAAGGCGCACAAAGCGGCUGCGGCACCCAAAGCCCCCUCCAACAACACGAUGGAGGCGAACCACCCCAGCCGCCUCGCCCUCGAGAUCCGUCCGGGUGGCCUACCCAAAGAAAAACGAAUGGACGAGCUGACGCUGCGCGAUAGCAUCAACGGCAUCCUGCGCGACGUCGUCGACCCGGAGAAGGUCCAGGUUGCCGGCACGAAGUGGAACCCGCAAGGAAACUGCAUCGUCGUGACACGCCAGGACCAGCGCGCGAGCGACCUCAUCCAGCACGUCCCGAAGUUCGCCGCGCUCGUAGGCCAGGGGAUGGAAGUCAUCCCCCGCCUCACAGCGAAGUGGCUUCGACUGAUGAUACAUGACGUUCGCACGGGACUCUUUGAUGCCAACCCAAGUCUACACACCUCCGGGGAGCUCAAGGCGGAGCUCGAGUUCUCGAACCCCAUCUUCAAGACGCUGGGGUCGCUUGCCGAGGACCCGCGAUGGCUACGUCGACAACAGGACAUCGGCACCCUGCGGUCCACGAUUGUCUUUGCAGUCACAAGCAAGGAGGAGUACGAGACCCUUUUAGAGAUGAAGGCGCUGUGGGUGUACGGGCGGGCAUGCCGCGUGGAGCGCUUCGCAGAUAAGCCGCCAGUGGUUCAGUGUACGAACUGUUGGGGCUUCGGUCAUACCACCCGGACGUGCAAGACGAGCACCAAGUGCCGCCUGUGUAGCGCGGACCACCCCACCACGUCUCACGCGGCGGCAUGCCCGACCUGUCAAGGGGACGAAAUGGCCGGCGAGUGCACGCACAACGUGAAGUGCCGUGCGUGUGGCCAAGACCAUCCAUCGGACGACAGGCGCUGUCCGAAACGUCUGGAGCUGUAUGGCAACGCACGAGCGCACGAACGCGAACGACGCGCGCCACACAAGGCUGCGACACGCUCUGACGGCUUCACGGAGGUCACGAAGCGGAAGAAGGGGAAAGCGAAGAAGGCAGCGAACGACCAGACGAGCGGGAAAGGGGAAGGCGCGUCAUCGGCGGGCAACACCACGAAGGACCCUCCCCCCCACCGCAAUCGGUUCGAUGCCCUACAGGCUGAGACCACCACCCCCAACAAUGACGCUACCCCCAUCCCCGGCCGCGCUCUAUGAAUAGGGACGACCACCGGAGAGCAGAAGAGACGAAACCCAUCCGCGUCCUUCAAUUGAACUGCUUUAAGAAGGGGGACCUAAUCCACACUCUUUUGAAUAAACAUACCCACGACCUCGAGCUAAUUCUUGUACAGGAACCGCAGUGGGGGCGCAUUGGGGCCCGUGACGGCGAAGAGAUACGCGGACCAGUGAGCUGCGGGACCUGGACGAACAUCCUACCGCUGGCAACCAUUGGCCCGAGGGACCCUCCGCCGCAUGUGUUAGCAUACUACCACCCCAGAGCUGACAUUCAGGUAACCCUGCGCUCCGACAUCGCCUCACACCGUGACAUCAUGGUCUUGGAUGUCACGCAAGGGGACGACAUUACCACUCUGGUGCACUUGUACAAUGACCGACGACUACCGGCCACGCAACAGGCAUCCCACCUACUGCAGAGUAUCACCUUACCAACGGACCACCCGGUCAUCGUGCUAGGCGACUUCAACCUCGACCACCCCCUCUGGUCAACCGAGCCCUCACGGACGUCCCCGGGGGCGGACGAGCUGGUGGACUGGAUGACGGACAAGGGGUUCGCGCUUCUGAACAAGAAGGGCGCCCCGACCCACUUCCCGCGUCGCACUAGUGCUGCGCCGUCCGUGCUCGACCUCACGUUCGUGAACGGCCCGGCGCAACAGCUAGAUGCAGCAAAGGAGUGGGCUCUGGCCCCGCGAUACCAGUACAGCUCCGACCACAUCGGCAUAACCUUCACCCUGGACUACGGAGCGACGCCCAUCGACAACCUCACAGGAGAGCAAUUUAACGUGAAGGAGGUCAAGCCGGACGACUUCCGCGACGCGCUUCGGGAGGAGGUCGGUCGACACAGGGUAGCCAUUGACAAGAUAAUGGACCUCGACAACGAGGUGCCGACGGACGAACUGGAAGACGCCGCAACCGCGCUCACCAGCGCUAUUCAGGCGACCCUGCGGAAGGUCGCGAAGAUCGCCUACACGACCAACAAGCGCGGCAGAGAGCUCAUCGCGCUGCGCACAGGCGGGGGGACCGAGCCCUCGCGCGACUAGUGAAG